CCCACCAAUUUACUGCUCGUGGAUUCCCUCCCGGGCUCCCUUGCCACGCUGCUGCUCAAGCAGGCGCUGCAGCGCAGCAGCGCGCUUGCUGCUGCAGCAGACCCGCCGGCAGCAGCAGCAGCAGCAGCGGCGAUCCAAGCUGCAGCAACAGCACACGUCCCCCCGGGCGCCUGGGGGCUCCGCGGCGCCCCCUCCCUCUUUGCUGCUGCAGCAGCAGCAGCAGGGGCGUCGGAGGGAGGCGGCUGCAGCUGGGUGGAAGUGCAGCAGCAGCUGCGCCGCAGGCUGCUGCUGCUGCAGCAGCGGCGGAGGUCCCUGCAGCAGCAGCUCGGCCUCCCGCUGCGCUGCCAGCACUUGGGCUAUCCGCUGCCGCCUGCUGCUGCAGUCAAUGA